GGAGUCGCGGGCGAACGGGCGGGCGGACGGACCGACUGACGGGAGGGACGGGCGGCGAGCAAGAUGGCGCAGACUCUGGGCACCCGGCGGAAAGUCUGUUACUACUACGACGGGGAUGUUGGAAAUUACUAUUAUGGACAAGGCCACCCAAUGAAGCCUCACCGAAUUCGUAUGACUCACAAUUUGCUUCUUAAUUAUGGUCUCUACAGAAAAAUGGAAAUCUAUCGCCCUCACAAGGCAAAUGCUGAGGAGAUGACCAAAUACCACAGUGAUGACUACAUUAAAUUUUUGCGUUCCAUCCGUCCAGAUAACAUGUCUGAGUACAGCAAGCAGAUGCAGAGAUUCAAUGUUGGUGAGGACUGUCCAGUGUUCGAUGGGCUGUUUGAGUUCUGUCAGUUAUCUACUGGUGGCUCUGUGGCAAGUGCUGUGAAACUUAAUAAGCAGCAGACGGACAUCGCUGUGAAUUGGGCCGGGGGCCUGCACCACGCAAAGAAGUCUGAGGCAUCUGGCUUCUGUUACGUCAACGAUAUCGUCUUGGCCAUCCUGGAGCUGCUCAAGUAUCACCAGAGGGUGCUGUAUAUUGACAUUGAUAUUCACCAUGGCGACGGCGUGGAGGAGGCCUUCUACACCACAGACCGGGUUAUGACUGUGUCCUUCCAUAAAUACGGAGAAUACUUCCCAGGAACGGGGGACCUACGGGAUAUUGGGGCCGGCAAAGGCAAGUAUUACGCUGUUAACUACCCGCUCCGUGAUGGGAUUGAUGAUGAGUCCUAUGAGGCCAUUUUCAAGCCGGUCAUGUCCAAAGUGAUGGAGAUGUUCCAGCCGAGUGCGGUCGUCUUACAGUGUGGCUCUGACUCCCUGUCUGGAGAUCGGUUAGGUUGUUUCAAUCUGACCAUCAAAGGGCAUGCCAAAUGUGUGGAAUUUGUGAAGAGCUUCAACCUGCCUAUGCUGAUGCUGGGAGGCGGUGGCUAUACCAUUCGCAAUGUUGCCCGGUGCUGGACAUAUGAAACAGCUGUGGCCUUGGACACCGAGAUCCCCAAUGAGCUUCCGUACAAUGACUACUUUGAAUACUUUGGACCAGAUUUCAAACUUCACAUCAGUCCUUCCAAUAUGACUAACCAGAAUACUAAUGAAUACCUGGAGAAGAUCAAACAGCGACUGUUCGAGAACCUGAGAAUGCUGCCCCAUGCCCCUGGGGUCCAGAUGCAGGCGAUUCCUGAAGACGCCAUACCGGAGGAGAGCGGCGAUGAAGAUGAAGAAGACCCUGACAAGCGCAUCUCUAUCUGUUCCUCUGACAAACGAAUUGCCUGUGAGGAAGAGUUCUCCGACUCUGAGGAGGAGGGAGAGGGUGGCCGCAAGAACUCUUCCAACUUCAAAAAAGCCAAGAGAGUCAAAACCGAAGAUGAAAAAGAGAAAGAACCAGAGGAGAAGAAAGAAGUCACAGAAGAGGAGAAAGCCGAGGAGAAACAAGAAGUCAAAGGGGUCAAGGAGGAGGUGAAGUUGGCCUGAGCAGAUCCCUAAGGCUUCUGGCCUCUUGCCAAGCCCCCACCCGCACCCCAAACCACCCCCUUCUCCCACAACCCCUCAGAUUUUAUAUUUUCUAUUUCUGUGUAUUUAUAUAUAAAAUAUAUUAAGUAUAACUAUGCACAGGGACUAGAAAGGAGCCAGACCCUGUACCCAGGGCACACAUGCCCAUGAGCUCUUCUCAGCUGCCUUGCUGCCAGUUUCCCCAUUCACUUCGACUCGGAAAGGGUGCUGGCCUGCCUGGAAGCGGGCCUCUUCAGCAGCCAUAGGGCAGGAUCUUGAAAUGCCAAGUGCCUGCUUCGUAGCUUCGGAAAGGUGCCCCUAUAGUGCAUUCUAUAGGGUGACUGUCUUCGGGAGCUUUGCAGCUCGUUACAGCAGCAUCAGCCAUUUUUAGGUUGGCUGUUCUCAUGCCUUUCUGCAGGCCCCAGGUGAGCCUGGAAGCUGCCACAUGACCUCUCCUCCCCCAAUUCUGCAGUGGAGAUCGGUAGUCUAGUUCUUUUUGAGAUACUAUUUUCAUUUUUGUGAAAUCUUUGUAAUAAAAUGGUACAUUUCUA